AAAUGCCCAAAUUCCCUGAUUUCUAAUCCCGGGGAGGACGAUUUUAGGGAGGGUCAGAUGAUGGUUUCUGACCCUGGCAUGAUAAAAUGGAUUUUUUUCCCCCCAGAUCUGUCGCCGGGAUUUGAGGAUCCUGCAGGUUUGCUGGCAUUUUUUUUCCUCCAAACCACCUCCCCUCUGCUUUUUGCCUGGUUUUCCCAAGCCAGACAGACAUCCUUGCUGCUCCUCUUCCUUUUGGACUGAGCUGGCUUUUAACCUGUUGCUUUUAUCUCUGGCCAAGGCCCCAGGACAACUUCCCUCCAGGGAAUAUGAAGUGUUAUUUCCCCACAGUGCAGCCUGAGGGAGAUUUUUGGGGAGCGCUGUGAGAUUUCAGUCCUGCAUCAGAAUCUGAAGCUGCUCAGGAUUCAGCUGCUUUGGCUCAAACCCUGAUUUCCACGGUUUUUUUGCUAUCUGGGGCUUCUUAUAGAUGCAGCAGGGAGACCCUCCAGGCUUGGGGAUGCUCCAGCUGCUUUGAGAUGGAAAAAUAACGUGGAGAAAGGAGGAGAAAUUACACUGUGUACCCCCACUUUUAGCCCAUUUGGGGAGGUAAACCAGAGCAGGGUGUUGCAGGGAGCAGGAAGCCAUUUCCCAGCAGCUUCCCAGAUUUUCUACGGUUUGAGUGAAGCAAACACAACCUUAAAAUAGCUGCUUUGCAGGCAGACAGCACCAGCCCUGCUCCUCUCACUGCCGCGGCCUCGACAGCCUCGGAGGUUUUCACAGCCAAAAUAAUAAAAAAUGUAUGAAUUUGUCUGUUUUUCAGCUUUUCUGCUGCAAACACGCGGUGUGGGGUUUGAUCCCGGUGCAAGGAUGGUUUUGGGGAGGUGGCAAUUAGGGAAUUAGUGCAAAUUAGCAAGGUUUCCAUCCAUGCCAGCCUCUAUCCUUCGUUACUUCUGCUGUCACCCUCACUGACAGAGGGGAAAACAACCUGGAUUUGCACUUUGAAAGCUGAGAAAAAGGAUUCAGGGCUGUCAGUCCCUCCUCUCACUGCCUGUUGCCUUGACUGACUGCCCUUGCAAGUACCCGUUCCAGAGUGAACAAGCACCCACACAGUGCGAGGAAAGUGGGUUUCCUGGUUAUUCUCUGGACAAUACAGAUCCCAGCUUUGGUUUCUUGGGGUGCCUGUGGCGGCCUCACUGCCCCGUGCUCCCUUCUCAGCUCCCAGAGUUUCUAUGCCAACAGAAGCCACUGCCAAUUUGGAUGCUGCUUCUCAGCAGUGACCCAGGACCAAGAUUUGCUGGCAUAACCUGCAGGAGCUGUUGUUCCUGCCCCCCCCCCCCCAGAAAGACUUAAUGACAUUUUCCCCUGGAGUCACAGAACCAGUUUUGAACAGGGAAGGAAAAAAUCUGCGAGACAGCAGCGGAAAAAUGCUCUGCCGGGACAGGGAAAGGAGGAAGCAGAAAACAAACCCCGGGAUGAGUUGGAAAAAGUGAGACAGCAGGCAGGGAGGGGAUGUGGGACUCCCUGAUGCUUUGGGGGCCAGGGCUGUCCCUAGGGAUGCUUCCUGGGGUUCGGCUGUGCGCCGGGGCGUUAUCCCGCAGUCCUGGCCAGCCUGUUUUCCAGGCAAGGAAAUAUUUAACUGCGGCGUCAGCGGGCAGGGCAGGCGGGUGCAGGCAUGGAGGGCAGCGGGCAGCGCUCAGCCCCCGCUGUGCCCCCGGGCCAGCCCCAGGGGGACCGUCUCCAGCUCCUGCUGCGCCGCAGCCGGGAGGCCAAAAAUUGUGCCUACUGCCCCUACAGCCGCUUCCCGGUGGGAGCUGCGCUGCUCACGGCGGGUGGGGAGAUCUUCUCCGGGUGCAACGUGGAGAACGCCUGCUACAGCCUGGGGAUGUGUGCUGAGCGAGCUGCCAUCCAAAAAGCCAUCUCGGAGGGGCACACCAGCUUCAAGGCCAUGGCCAUCGCCAGUGACAUGGGGGACUUCAUCACACCCUGCGGCGCCUGCAGACAAGUGAUGAGAGAGUUUGGCACAGACUGGGAUGUCUACCUGACCAAAGCAGAUGGCACCUACAUUGUCAAGAGGCUGGAGGAGCUGCUGCCACUUUCCUUUGGCCCUGACGACCUGAAGAAGGUGUGACCAGCAUGGCCACCACCAUCCUUUGCCCCUGGGGCAGCAGAGGAGGAUGGUUUUCCCCAGUUUCCUCGGUGUGUAAGCAGCUUUUUGGGGAAGACACAAUUGGAAAUGCAUUUGUAGUGCUGUUCCUCUCACCUUCUGAUUCAGUGUUGAUUCACAGGCACUGGCUCCACCUCCCCCCGAGGAAACAACAAAAUCCAAUCACAGAAAUUCCCUGUUAUUAGUAAAAAAAUGUCCAGAUAUCCUUGUAGCCAAGGGAGGAGUUGAGUUUGAUGCAUGGCUCAAGUUUGGGCUUGUUGAUACAGAAACAACUCCUAAAUAAUCCAAAAUCAUUGCUUGGGAAAAUUCUGGAUUCUUCAGCCCUGAAGAGAGGUGAAAGCCAAAAGGAAAACUCUAUCAGCCCCAGUAGUAAUUAAUGAGCCAGUCCAGAUUAGGUGGAUUGCUGGGAUGGGAUGGUUAUUGCACUGAGCGUGUCCUUUGCUCGUUUCUCUCCAGCUUGUUUUCCUUGCUUUUGUUCCAUUUAUGGGGGAGAAGAGAAUGAAGAAUUUUUGAUUGCUUCUACAGAGUUUUGUGCCUCCAGAGUAGUGCCAUUUGCUGAUUGUACUAUUGAUUUAACUAUGCACAAUGACGAAUGAAUGUGUGAUAUUUCCCAACCAAUGCUGGGUUGGGCAUUUCAGCCCAUGCCCAAGCCAAAUAAAAGCUGUUCUGGUUUA